AGAAAAAGAAAAAAAAAGGAAGGAAACCACUUAUCUCUAUUGCAAGGAAUCUCAGGUUUCAUUGGAUUGUUUCACAAAAGUAUAUAUUCUUCCAACUGGCUUAACCCCACACAAUGCUUUUUCCUUCCUACUUAUAAGGAGCUUCCCCUUCUCUUAGCUAACCAAAUCAACUCCUUUUCAUCAAGUCUUACAUACAUCUGCCUUCUUUUUCUCCCUCCCAAGAAACAGAUUUCCAUUAUCACAAGGCUCUUUAAUUUCAAUCUUGUACUCUCUAUACACAUACUUAUUCGUGAUAUGGCUUCCAACUCUAUGAGCUCUAGCGCUUCUUGGACACGUAAGGAGAACAAAUUAUUUGAAAGGGCGUUGGCUACAUAUGACCAGGACACUCCUGACCGUUGGCAUAACGUUGCAAGAGCAGUUGGUGGCAAAUCAGCUGAAGAAGUAAGGCGACACUACGAGCUCCUCAUUAGGGAUGUCAAUGACAUUGAGUCAGGGCGUUAUCCACAUCCCAAUUACCGUUCAAAUGGAAACAACCACUAAAAGCAUUUAAGCAACUCUAAAAGGCUCUACUGAAGUCGACAUGGUUCCAAAACCAUUCACAAAGAACAUCUAAGCAAAGAUAUCUAAAUGUAUUUACUUGUUUUUGUGUUACGAUUAUGUAAGAAUUAUCUAUACUUCCGUUCUAAUCUAAAUCUAUCAAUGUGAGUUUCAUACGGUAUUAAGACUCGGAAAAACUGGUUCUCCUUGAA